AUGAAUCGUCUUUUUUGCCUGCUUGCCGCGCCAGAGAAAUACCUAGCACUCGCUUUUGUUUUGGCCGCGGAGUGGCCGGCGAGGGCAGAUGUAUUCGAGUAUGGCACGAACGGGUCGGUUACAGAGCAUACUUUCGCCGAGCAUGAAGAACACCGGUCCGGGCGUGAGAGUUUGAACGUUGCGUACACGGCAUAUUUGCCUCCGGUCGCCGAAGCGGCGGCCAAACACGGGGUGCCCAUAGAUUUGAUCCUCGCCGUCAUCCAGGCGGAAUCAAACUUCCAACCUCGCGCGUUCUCAACUGAUGAUGAAGGAGAACCAUUGGCGCUUGGUUUAAUGCAACUCACACCUGCGACAGCGCGGCGGUUCGGCAUCCCAGACGAAACGGAGAUCUGGAACCCCACAAAGAACAUUGAUGCAGGAACACGCUACCUUGCUUGGUUGAUCGACCGCUUAGACGGCGAUUUUGAACAUGCGAUCGCGGCCUACAAUGCAGGAGAAGGCAAUAUUGAGACCUAUGGCGGCGUUCCUCCAUUUCCAGAAACAGAGNACAGAGGCGUUCGUGGCACGCGUUGA